GUGAAGGAGAGUUCAAGUUUCUCAAAGUCAGAGACGGAUCCGGCUGGCAAACGCAAACUUUGCUCAUUCUGUUGUUGACGGCCGCGACGCAGCUCCUGUCCCCAUUCUGCCUUCGGUCUUUCGCCUGCUAUGUGUUCCUUUGACACUUUCGUUAGCUCUGGCAGUAUGUUCACCAGCUAGCUUCGCAUCAUAGGGGCAUCAUGCUGAUCAUGGCUAUGAGCCCGGGGUACUAGCCGAUCCGCUGUGUCUUUAUAUUGUGGCCGGGGUAGUCGUCAGGACGCUGGACAGACGAAGCUCCUUGUCUCCCUGCGAAAGCGCCAACUUCCAGCAGGAUGAGAAGGACACAGAGCGUAGGCCUUCUUUGGCUGCUUACUGCAGUUGGGGUUGCGAGGGCUGUCGUUCUCCCGCUCGAAGCCUUUCAGGUCGACGGUACGCACCUGACAUUGAAGGCGGGCGUCUCGCCGGGGAGCUUGCCCCCAGAGAUCGGCACAUGGAGCAACCUUACGCGCAUUGAGCUCGUUGGAAGGGGCUUAUUUGGAGCCAUCCCUCCUGCGCUGGGUAACCUCACACAGCUUCAGUACCUGGACCUCUCACACAAUAGUCUGAUAGGCCCAAUUCCAGCAGAGAUUGGCAAGUUAGACAAUCUUGUGUCCUUGAACCUUUCUUACAAUGCCAUUGCUGACCCUAUUCCCCCUCAGCUAGGCACUCUGGGCGCCCUGGCCUGGCUGAACCUGUUUGCUAACCGCAUUACGGGUGUCAUUCCUUCUGAACUGGGAAACUUGACCAACCUUCAGUAUCUAAGCCUGGCCACAAACAACCUGACCGGCCCUAUCCCUGCUGAGCUUGGCAAACUCAGCAAGCUCAGCCAGCUGUUCCUUUAUGAGAACCACCUCACAGGCUCAGUCAUUACGGAGCUGGGUAAUCUGCCCAACCUAGUCACUCUUUCCCUUAGCAACAACAGCCUCAGCGGCCUUAUACCCUCCUCCCUUGGCAACUACAGGCUUUCCACUGUGCUGCUGUCAAACAACUCUCUGACUGGUGUCAUCCCCUCAACCCUUGUCACAAGGCUCAAGAACAAUGCAACUUACGUUUGUCUGUACAUAAAGAGGGGAAACCCGGACCUGAUUUUUGAACCGGCAUCUGGGCUGCAGUGCCCUUCCACCCCACCACCGGUCACGUCUUCCAGCCCCCCUACUGGCAUCUUGUCUACCCCAGCUCCAAGUCCUGGUGUAAGCGGCCCACCGCCGUCGCUUGUACCAGGUCCUCCUCCGCCCAGUCCCACUCAAGUCAAUCCGCGCCAGCCGGAAGACUUGGGGAGACUCCUUGGACUGGCAUUGGCCCUCCCAACAGGGCUCCUCAGUUUCGGACUCACGGUGGCGUUCUUUGUCGUGGAAGUGCGUAAGCACCGCAGAGCAAAACAGGCCAUCGUGAGGAGCACUAUCAGUCUCUGCCAUACUGGGGCACGCCACACGUUGGCGUCGGGAACAACCCAUGAGAUCACGCAGCCACUCGAUCGGCCGAAGAACAUGGGAGACAGAGAAUUCGACGAGGAUUUGACAACAAUCCUGAACCAAGUGCUGCAAACAUUAGAAGCAUGGCCACAGUGUUUGGGUUUUCGUGGCGACCCGACGGAAGCUGUGUGGAGCCCCAACUUCAAAAAGUUCGAGCACUAUGUCCUCUUCCGGGCGUUGGUUGAUGCCGACUCUCGGUACGGGCCGAUGGGUUUGCUCGGAGUUUGGGACACGAACCGCGGAAGUCCUGAGGCUUUGGGAGAGAUCGUAGGUACCAUCCGCGAGUACCUUGAUGCCCAUCUGCACGAGACGUGGACGGGCAGCGUAGACAGACUUUGAAGACUCGUAGGAAUCAGCAGUGAGAUGAUGGUGUCACUGUACUAUCGUAAUCAAUCUGGAUGGUGUAGGCUUGCAACAACGCUUAUGACGCUACGUACUUCCUUAUCUGAAGCCUAGGCAUCCAAUGUAAAAGACUGUAUACGCCCAACAGUAGACGUUCCAGGAAUCUGCAAACUUGAAAAUCGAGGCCGCCGCGAAGAACUCAGAACGAUUGACCAUGUCAACUGGUUUGCGAUCCUCGACGUUAUUUGCAUC